GCCGUCACUGUCGCUGUCGCAGAGGAGGGACGAGGGAGCGACCGAGGGGGGUUCCGUCCGGUCGUGCUCGCGUCCGGUCCGCUCCGGGGAGAAGGGAGGCCCUCGCCGGCCGGCAUGCAGAACGCCGUGCUGGCGUGCCCCGCGCCGUCCGGCGGAGGGGCGGGAGGAGACGGCGGGGUCGGGGGCGGGGGCGCGGGCGUCGUGAUGGUGAAGCGCGCGGCCCUGGUGGCGUGCCUGACCUGCCCCCUCUGCCGCCGCCUGCUCCGCGACGCCGCCACCAUCACCGAGUGCCUCCACACCUUUUGCAGAAAGUGCAUAUCUAAGGAGUUCAUCGAUAAGGAGAUCUGCUACUGCCCUACUUGCAACAUUGAUUUAGGCUGUGCUCCAGAGGAGAAACUCAGAGUUGAUCACAGCCUACAAUAUGUGAGGUCAAAGAUAUUUCCUUCUAAAAGACGGAAGGUUGUGGACCAAGAAGCCAUAUCACCGGUCGAAUCACCUGUCAAGAGAAAAGAACGAUCUCUAUCUUCACUGACAGUCCAUGGUCCUCGGGUGUCUAUACAGAAAUGCCUUACAAAGAGGAGAACAAAAGCUUCGUGCUUACGCAGCUUGUCUUUGUAUUCUACCUUGCAGGGCAGUAAAGAUGCAACAAAGAAAGUUGGAGGAUGGAAACCUUUGGCCUCUCAUAUUAGAGUUGGUAAAAGUAAAAAAUCUCUCAAAUCAGGUUCCGAAGAGGACAAUAGAACUGGAAUCAUGUCUGGUGAUCCAGAGCAUGGUGCUCCUUCCAAUGAAGCAAAGGCUAGCCUCUUGAAACGCUUGUUGGAGUCUAAGGAAUACCCGACAAGAAAGGAGAAUCUAGUGAAGAAGACUGGAAGCAAGAAAGUGUUCCCUCUGAAGGGGAAAAAGAAAAUAUUCAAGGCAAAACAACCUAGGAAAAAGAGAAGACUGCGAGCAUUAUGGUUCUAUCUAGUGGCUGCUUUUGACCAGAAGGGACAACCUCCUUUACCACAGCUACCUACAAAUUUUUUGAGGAUCAAGGAUGUUGAAUUGCCUGCUUCCUUCAUACAAAAGUACCUUGUGCAGAAACUCAAUCUUUCAAGUGAAGCUGAGGUGGAGUUGAUGUGCGCUGGCAAGAAAGUGGACCCAGCAAUCACCCUGCAUGACAUAACGGACUGCUAUCUGGACAAAGGACCGAACGGUUGGGUGCGGUCGUCCGUGGGCUCCCCUGCCACCGGGUUCAUCACGACGGUGUUCUACAGCAGGCCGGAGCUGCCCACACCCCCAACACCACCGCCACCACCUGAAAGUCACCAUGGCUUAUCCAGAGCGCCGCCUCAUGCCUGAACCAGUUCGGCCUCACUCCAGUCGUCUAUUUCGGAGCCCUCUGGUUGGUGCCACAUUGAUGCCAACCUCGUGAGGCUCAGCUCGGCUCACCUCACCUUGUGAUAUGUAGAUAGAUGCUCGGUUCACAUGCCUUGCGGGGAUUCUGAUCCGAUCUGUUGUUCUUUACCAUUUUUCUUCACCUGACGGAGUAGCUGUACCUAUGCGGUUUGUAAUCCUGUGUUGAGUUGUUGAGUGCUGCUGUAACUGGACUUGAAGCCUUUAUGGUGUGCCUCUGUAAUGUUUGUAGCACUAUUUUUACUGUAAGCUCUUGUACAAGUUGUCGUCGAACCGGAAAUUUGGUUAGUUAUAUAUGGAGUAGCGUGUGGAGUACUGAUAUUGAUUGA